CGCCGGCCCGGUGUAGGUCAGCCCGCCGGCUCCCCGCGCCGCGCCAGCCAUGGUGAACCUGGGCCUGUCCCGGGUGGACGACGCCGUGGCCAGCAAGCACCCGGGACUAGGCGAGUACACCGCGUGCCAGUCGAAUGCUUUCGUGAAGGGCGUUUCCGCCUUUGUCACAGGCACCGGCACGACCUUCGGCCUGCAGAUGCUGGUUCAGAGGAAGCUUCCAUACCCCUUUCAGUGGAAGGUGCUGCUGGCUGUGGUCGCAGGCUCAGUAGCCAGCUACUGGGUGACGCGUGUGGAGUCGCAGAAGUGCAGCAAACUCUGGCUCUUCCUGGAGACAGGGCAGCUCCCCAAAGACAUGGGCACAGAUCGGCGCAGCUAGGAGCGCUCCAGCCGGGCACAGAAGACCUGGGGCCAGACAACUCUAGAACACAGCCCUUGGCACCUCUGCACCCCAGGUUGGCCCUCCCCACACCUGUGGCCCCCACACACAGGCAUGACCAAGUCUGUUGAACCUGUGCAGACUGCUCCUGCCCAGCCUGGCCGCCUGGGAGCUCAAGCCAGGAGACUCCGUUCCUGGGGUGGCUGUCCUGCAGGUGGACACAGCGCUAGAGAGGACCAGCAUGCCUCAUGCACCUUUGGGGGCAGCCCUGGAGCAUGGAGGGGGCUUCUGCACUCGGCUGCUGACACUCCCUUUCUGGCCCCUGCAUUUCCCACCCACCCCAGAGAUGACAGUUCCCCUGGGGGCUGGGGAACUAAUAAACACCUUGCCCUGUUUCCCACCUAAGUUCCAAAGCAGUCGGGGAACAAGUCGGAGCAGUAAGAAGAUGAGAGAAACGUCUCCUUGGAACCACACCACUGAAGGGAGGAGGCACCAGGGCAGCUCUGAAUCUGAACCCCAGAAUUAGACAUCUGGCGGGCCCCACGUGCUCUCCACACGGGCUGGGGGUGGGGGGAGGCACAGAGCAGAUGUGUGCAGCCAAAUAGCACCUGCUCUCAGGAGAGGCGGGCCGGAAGUGGCCACGCCCACCCACCGACCAUUCCAACCCACCUAUGAGAUUAAGUCACUUCUCUCUGGGGGAGGAGGAAGUGAGGGGUGCAGGGGACCAGAGCCAGCUGACUGGAGCUCCGUCCACAUGGAGGAAGGCUCCUGAGUGGGUAGGACUGUCCAGCUCAGCCACAGCCCACAGAGGGAGAGGGAGCGGAAGACAAGACCCGACACCCGGGCAGAGCCAUCGUCCUUUCCAGCAGGCUCCUCCGGAACACUGAGGGUGCACCUCCCAGGGCCUCGCUGCUCCAGGCCCAGCCCCGCCCUGCUGGCCUGGCCCAUCACUCAAAAGAACAUCUAUUGCACACUUACG